GGGCAAUGGCUGAAGAGUCUCCCAAAAAUUCAGCAGCAGAAAUUCCUGUGACUAGUAAUGGACAGUUGGAAGAUUCUCAUGAGCACAACUUCAAUAGGGACUUGAAGCGCUCAUUACCAGCUGGACUUGGACUCUCUGAAACCAAAAUAACAUCUCAUGGCUUUGAUGGCACCAAAGAGGGAGUUGUUGAGGCAGGGCCAUUUCCAGGUAAAGGUUCCUCAGCAUCACCCAAAUCAUCAGUUAUAUCUCCUAGCAAUGCAGCAGCUAGCAGACUGGCUGGACAAGGUUGUGAUUUAAUUAUUCCCACAGGGGGCAGAACUCAGCAGAAGAGUGGACCUGUUGUAUUAGCAGAUGAAGUAAAGAAUCCAGCAAUGGAGAAGUUGGAAUUGGUGAGAAAAUGGAGCCUAAACACUUACAAGUGUACACGACAGAUCAUCUCUGAAAAACUGGGUCGUGGCUCCAGAACAGUUGAUUUGGAACUAGAGGCUCAAAUAGACAUAUUGAGAGAUAACAAAAAAAAAUAUGAAAAUAUCUUGAAGCUGGCACAGACGUUGUCCACACAACUCUUCCAGAUGGUACAUACCCAAAGGCAACUAGGAGAUGCGUUUGCUGACCUGAGUUUGAAAUCAUUGGAACUUCAUGAGGAGUUUGGCUACAAUGCAGAUACUCAGAAACUUCUAGCUAAAAAUGGAGAAACUCUUCUUGGGGCUAUUAACUUUUUUAUUGCCAGUGUGAAUACACUGGUGAAUAAAACAAUUGAGGACACGUUAUUGACUGUGAAACAAUAUGAAAGUGCCAGGAUUGAAUAUGAUGCUUAUCGGACAGACCUAGAAGAGCUGAAUCUUGGCCCUCGUGAUGCAAACACUCUGCCAAAGAUUGAGCAAUCACAACAGCUGUUUCAAGUGCACAAAGAGAAAUAUGACAAAAUGCGUAAUGACGUAUCUAUCAAAUUGAAAUUUUUGGAGGAAAAUAAGGUCAAGGUGUUGCACAAUCAGCUGGUUCUCUUCCACAAUGCCAUCGCAGCCUACUUUGCUGGGAAUCAGAAGCAGCUCGAACAGACACUUAAACAGUUCCACAUCAAAUUGAAAACUCCUGGAGCAGAUGCUCCAUCCUGGCUUGAAGAACAGUAAUCAGAUAAGAGAAGAGGACGCAAUGUUAACCGAAAAAAUCAGUAAAUCUAAUAAGAAUUAAGGUUUGGGGUUGAAGGACUGUUGUAGUGAUUCUUGCACAGACAGCUUUAAUUCCCCCCCCCUCCCUUUUAUAAUACUGUAAAACUGAAUUUGGUGGGAAAGUGGGUGGAUUUAACCAAACAUGAUUUCCGUCAUUACAGAUGUAGAGCACUCCUUUUGUAUGUAAAGGCUGAUGGUUAUUUCUGUAGUAGGGAUGAGGGAGGGAGGGGAAAGAAAACUAUUAUAGAUUUGCACUGACAAAUUAUGUUUGUGAUUACUGGUCAUUAUUGUGGCUAGUCAAAAUAUUUCCAAAGGGAGGUUUACAUGAUUUGUACCAACAUCUGAUAUUUUAUAUAUGAAUAUAGAAAACAUCUUUAAUAAUUUUCGUGUGACUUUUUAAAAGGAACGAGUUAAAAGACUAUUUUGCAGAUUAAUAAUAUAAGGCCUAUGUGCAAUAUCUGCAUAAAGGCAACAGCUGUGGCAGAUGGCGCAUUGACUAGUGGAAUUGCAGCAAAUGCUUUUUAAAAAGGUUUCCCUUUCCAUUAUAGAUUUAAAAAAGAAAAA